CCGUAUACUAGCAUGGCACUUGUCGCAGUGGAAGCAGAAAGCUGCGCGGACAAGGUCAAAUACGUUUGCGUUGUUAAAGAUGAGACGCAGAUUGACUAUAACAAACAGAAAGUCGUCUUCUCACUGGCUUACGACUGUGACGUCCGCGAAUUGUGUUGUGAAACAGCCAGACGAAUGAAAUAUCAAGAGGAAACGUAUCUGUUGGUGUGGGAGAAGGGAGACAACGUGACUGUGGUGGAGGUCGUAUUGGACUGGAAUUCAAGUCAGUCACUAAUGGAUUUGGGUCUGAAUGAGAAGAGAAAUACGUUUCUGGUGCGAGAAAAGGAUGGCAAACAGCCAGUGACGAUACAUGAAGAUAGUAAUAAAGUGCCUGACACAACGACAAGUGGAGCGACUGUUAGUACGGUGUCUAACAACAACAACUCACAGUAUGGCCCAUCGUAUCAUUCUAACUCUGCUUUGUACAGCAAGAGUGAGACUGGAUAUGUGGGGUUAGUCAAUCAGGCAAUGACGUGUUAUCUCAACAGCCUCUUACAGACACUGUACAUGACACCAGAAUUCAGAAAUGCUCUCUACAGGGUGAACUUUGGAGGUAACCAAGAAGACGAGGAGAGAAAUAUCCCUCGUCAGUUGCAACGUCUGUUCAUUCAGUUACAAACAUCAAACAAGCGUUCUAUCGAGACUACUGACAUCACAAGGAGUUUUGGUUGGGACAGCUCCGAGUCGUGGCAGCAACACGACGUGCAGGAGCUUUGUAGAGUUAUGUUUGAUGCCCUGGAACAGAAAUUUGCUCUUACACAGCAUAAGGACCUCAUAAAUCGUUUGUAUCAAGGAAAGAUGAAGGACUACGUCAAGUGUCUGAAGUGUGGCUAUGAGAAUGCUAAGGAAGACUCAUACCUUGACAUACCACUUGUUAUCAAACGUUUUGGAUCUGAUCAAGUUUUUGAGAGUGUGGAGGCAGCGUUGACCGAUUUUGUCACACCAGAAACUCUCACUGAAAGUAACCAGUACGAUUGUUCAAAAUGUGGUGAAAAGUGUGAUGCACACAAGGGUCUUAGGUUUACAUCGUUUCCGUAUCUGUUGACGAUGCAGCUGAAGCGUUUCGACUUUGAUUACGUGACAUUGAGUCGAAUCAAGCUGAACGACAGAAUGACAUUUCCAUUGGAACUGAACCUAAAUGGCUACAUCUCUGACAAAGACAAUGAUCCGCCUGUAUUACUAGGGACAAGACGAAGUCAGUCUGAAACCCUGAAAGAGGACCUAGAUGGUUGCACAGAUGAUAUUGAUAGUUCACUUGCUGACAAUGCUGUUAGUGCUGUUGCUGCUGAUCUGUCGCCGUCAGUUGCUGCUGUUGCAGCAGCUGCGGCAGAUUUGCGACUUACGUCUAGUUCAAGUUCUUAUGGUAUGAGUAACAAGUCUUCUGGGCUGAUACAGUGCAAUGAUGGACCUGAGGGUCCUUAUAUCUAUGAACUGUUUUCUAUCAUGGUUCACUCUGGUUCUGCUAUUGGAGGUCACUAUUAUGCUUAUAUCAAGUCUUUCUCUGAUGGUCAAUGGUACUGUUUUAAUGAUCAAACUGUCUCUAGGAUAACCGAGGAUGACUUGAAGAAGACGUAUGGUGGAUCGGAUCGGUCUCGUUCUUCGUACUAUAGCUACUCGUCCGUAUACAGCGCAUCUGCCAAUGCGUACAUGCUUAUGUACAGACAGAAAUGCCCAGAGCAAAACACAGCUUUCUUGGAGACAUCUUGUUUUCCAAAGCACAUUCACAAGCUGAGAGAGAUGAUGAAGGAGCAAGAAGAGCUGGAGCAAAGGCAGAAAGAACUUGAUCGAUCAGUUUGCAAGAUCAAGUUGUUCUGUCGACAUCCAACUGACCAGAAGAUGAUGGAGUUAAGACUGGAAGUUCACAAGGACAAGACACUCGAGGAGGCUACUGGAAUUGCUUAUGAGAUGUUUCAACUACAGAAGGUUGUGCCAAUAGAGCGAUGUCGUCUAGUAAAAUACGAUGAGUUUUACGAGUCACUGGAACAUUCUUACGAAGGAGAAGAGGAGUAUCCGAUAUCUAAGGUGUUAGGAGGUGUAAGACACAUUUACAACUUUGACCUUCUACUUGAGAUACGAGGAGAGGGUCAGAAAUUCAAACACUAUAAAUCAGGAGGAGUCACCAUCAAGGCAUUUCUUGUCGACUUGGAGAACGAGACGAUGUCCAGGGCUGCCACUGUCCGUUCACAUCUGUCGGAUACGAUAGCCGAUCUGACAUGCGAUAUAGCAGAGGCAUUUAAUGUGUCUUCAAAGAAGAUGAGACUUUGUGUGGAGCAGUACUACAGAGAUGUGAAGGUCCUUGACGUUCCAGAUCGGGCUUUGAAGAAGGAAGGAUUUUACAAGACAGCAAAGGUAUUUGCUGAGGCGAAAGGAGAAGAUGUUGAUUUCUUUGAAUCUAGACUUUUCAAGUUUCUGGACAGUGCAGCCAACUCAGUGAUUUUGUCUGUUACGAUACCAUCUAGUGAGCUACAGCAGAAUGGUGACGUUCAGAGUGACAAGAGUUUGGAAAACAGGAUCGGUGGAAGCGACGCUACUGGAGGUAGUGACACCAAAGACGAUGAUCAACCACCACCUCUCAUGCCAAAACCGAAAACCAUAACACUGAAAGUUGAUCGACGUAUCACUUUGUCAGAUCUCAAACAGAAGUUGGAGCAGCAUGUUGGGCAACCUGCCAGCCAAUUUAGAAUUUUUCGUGUUUACUCUAACAACCAGGAGUUUGAAGCGACACGUUUAGAAGACACCCUUACGGCUUUCUCGGAUGAUACAAAGCUGGUAGUAAAGUAUGGCCGAGCUCUAGCACCAGGGGAGUUCAGAGCAAAGGUUUAUGAGCUUCUAGUGAACAAUCCUGAGCCGAGUAAAUUUCUCUUUGACUGGAUUAUAUCAAAGAAGAUGACAGUCGGCAAAUGCAAAGAAGAAAUGUUACCCGAACUGGAGAAACACGGCAUUAAGACUUCAUUUGAUCGACUACGAAUACGCAAAAAGACGUGGAGAAAUCCAGGAACCAUCCUAUUGAACGAUCAAGUCUUUGAUACCGACAUCUCAAUAUACAGCAACUGGGAAAUGUUUGUUGAAGUGCUUAAUGGACCUGAACCUCUACAAGGGCCAUCACACAUGUCAUUGUUUGCAAGGAGGUGGUGUCCAUCGACGUACACUCUGCAGCCUUUUCAAGAAGUUGUUCUCGAGCAGUCGUCUCCUUUAGAGUUGAAAGAGAAGAUUUCUCGUGCCAGUGAUAUUCCAGUUGAAAGAGUGGAGUUUGCUAAAGGUCGUGGCUCCUUUCCUUGUGACGUCUCACUCCUUGAAAUCCAAGAGGAGCUAGACUGGAAUCCAACUGUGACUGUACUUAAUGUCUGGCCAUUGUAUAUAUACGAUGACGGGGCUGUCAUCUUUUAUAGGGACAGCGAGGAGAAACCCAUGACACUCAGCGAGGAGAGACGACGGGAAAUACAAAAGGAGGAAAGUGCACGAUACGCUAAGUCUAACAACAAUCGCUACCAAUAUUACAGGAAAGAGAAAGCGUUGAAAAUCUACAUGGACACGACUCCCCAGUCAACUAGCCCGAGAGACUCUCCACCACCGGAGUCGUCUAGUCAGCAUUGAAUUGCGACCCUUUUUUGACUAUUUGAAAUUAUGUAUUUAACGUGUGACCGAUGAGUUGCUGGUUCGACGAGACCAGACUAGGAUACAUUUCUCAUCUGACGGUCAUCCUUGCUAAUCCCUUUGCAUUUGUUGAUUGAACUGGUGUUUGCUGCUGUUGUCAUUGUCGUAGCUCUCUUUAUGUAUGGUAGUCACGGUAUUAUGCGUUAGAUACUUGUAUGAUUGAUUCUUUUAUUUACUGUUUGUCAUCGUUUCGAUGAGGGACAAGAUCAGAUUGGUUGGA